UAUUGCAAAUUUGCAAUGGUCAAUGAGAUAUCAUGCUUUAUACCGAUACUACAACUGUCUGCGCCUUGCCUUAGGACAGCAGCACCAACGCCACGGCCUCAUGGGGAGCGUUUCUGCAGUUUCGGACUUCCGGAAACUUUCCCAAAAAUUUUGGGAAUGCUUACGAAGCUAGAAGACGACUUUAACAAAAUAACCAGCAUCCAGAAUGGCUGUUCAGAGAACGAAGGACGAGACAAGCUCGUCAGCUACGCACAGCAGGGAACCGAUGAGUACGUUAAAGCGAUGGACGGACUGCUGUACGGAAUCCUCACAGACCCCGGACUCUGUGAAAAGUACAUGGGGGAUGCGACAACCCUUUCGCUGCUCAAUGCAGAAGCCUUCAAUCCUCUCACCAGAUCUCUGUCACUCCUCGCCAGCGAGAAGUAUGCCAAGCUGUCCGAUACAGCCCGAAAACAGAGUGUCUGGUUGAUGAAAACCUUCGCUAAGAAAAACAUCCCGGGACUAGACAGGAUUUUUAUUCCCUGGAUGAGGAACCUUACAGUGGGCGAUCACUGGAAAAAUGUGUCAUUGAUCGAAGGCAUUUUGGAGACGCUAGUGGAAUGCAGGCCGAUAUUAGACAACGGUGCAGGAGUUCCUAUUCUCCAGAUGGCUCUGUUGACUUUUAUUCAGCUGAUCCAGUAUCACCACACUUCCUUGCAAUAUUCGGUGAUCAAAGAUAAAGAAGUGGAUUUUUGUCUGGACUUAUUGCGCAAUAAAUUUGGAGAAUGUAUGGCCAUCGGGAAAGAUUUUAUCCGCAUCUUGAUGCAAAUUUGUAAAAUGCCUAAGAUGAAGGAAUUCUGGAGUGACUUAGUCAAUGAUCCCAAAAAGAUUGCUCCCAGUGUGCCAAAUUUUACGGGUGUGCCAUACAUUUUACAACUGAAAACGUCGAGAUGGAUUUAUCCACACCGUAUCACAGCGGACCUGGAAGCCAAAAUCGCUUUUCUUUUGAGCAAAGUUCGCGCUCCUCAGGUGUCGCGUUAUGCCGAUAUCUUUUUGAAACAGUAUUUAUCCAGCGCUGAAGGGGAAGCUUUAAUACCGGAAAUCAUUCGGUUCGUGUGCCGAUCUAUCCACCCGACCAACGAAAUUCUCGGUUCGGACGUGCUGCAACGAUGGAAUUUUUUCCUUAUCUUGAUCUGCACAUGCAAGACGGUUGCCGGUCUGAAUCAGUGCCUGUUGGCGCUGUUUUACGAUUGGAUGCUGUUUGAUCCGCAGGGCGAAAACGUCAGCAUUAUGUUCAUUGAACCUGGAAUACUUCUGUUGAUGAAUGUACUGCAGAAGAAUAUCAAAGUGCUGCAAAAGCCGUUGAUGGUUACCUUGGUAGAAUAUCUUUGCAAGAUUCCGUUUGAAUUUUUUCCUCCAAUCAGCGCCAAAGUUCGUUCAUCAAUCGUCGCUUCCUUUCGCUAUAUUUUGGAGAAACGGGUUGUGGGUUCGGUUGCGCCUAUUAUUGAUUUCGCUCCCGAAGAGCAGAAGAUUCUUCUGAGGAAAACGUACCCGGAGAUUUUUGGCCCGGGCGAAGCUGGUUCAGUUGCAGGAGUUGCUGUGAAUGGCGGUCCCGGUAAUAUCAAAAUCGAUCUCGAUUCACUUCCAUCACCUGCAUCAUUGCUGGGCUCUAUGCCGGAAUUGAAAACCGACGACGAUGAGCCGAUGGAUGAUUGGCCGGAACCGGUGAUGCAAAAUAAAACCCCCAAAGCAGCCGCUGUCGCGAUUAAUCACAAACCCAUAGCGCGUCAUCAUUCCAUCUCUGCCGCAUCGAAAGUGAAACGGAGUCAGGAGCCAUCUCUGGAUGAAUGUAUUGGGAUGCUACCGGAGACAAUGCAGCCGUUUCUGUGUGCGAUGCGCGAUGGGCCGGUGGAAGAGAAAUGCCAGAUCAUGGAGGAAUUUGUUGAUGACGUUAUUAACAAGGGAAGAAACUUUGAUUCUGAACAGUAUGAAGCCGUCUCGUUAUUAGCAAGAUCGUUGGUGUUAGUAUUGAAACCAUAUUACGACGACUUCCGGUUACCGCAGACGAUCAAUGAAGAGACUCUGGAUGACUCUAUCCAGUCUCCUCUGUUCAUUUUGUACAGGCGCCUAUGGGAAGAAGAAGACGGUUCAUUGCCUCGAAAGCGUGUAAUCGAUCUGCUGGUGGCGAUGUACCCAUUAAUGCCGGUUCUUGGGUAUUUGAUCAUCUAUUAUCUGUAUUAUCGCAAAAUGUCACCUUCCUGGACAACGACAUCCGAUGCGCGGGAUGUAAUGGCGGAUUACGAAGAAUUCUGUAGUGAAUAUCUUCGGCGUACGAAGCAGGAGGAGAUCUGCGAAGCUAACUACACAGUGUGCAUAGCCGAAGAUUUGGAAGCGUGUGGUCAGCAAGACCAUGCCAUGCUGACAGAAUUGGUGCCAUUUUUGUACAAAGAGAAUCCCCGUAUUGCCAUUGACAGUGCAUUGAUCAUGAAAACUGUCAUCGGGUACAUUGAUGCCUUUGAGGUGCAGAGGUUAGCGUGUUUGGUGCUCAAGCGAGAACUGAUAAUGCUCUCGGACAAAGGAUGUGUGGAUGUUAUAAAGGAUAGUUUAACAUGGGAAACAAUCGAACAGACCUUCUUUUGGAAGUUAUUAUUGGUGCACGACUUAAAAAUAGAUAAUAUCCUAAAGGAAAUUGUUGCCUACAUUGACUUCCGUCAUCACCCUGAGGCGACAUUGCAAGUGAUGGAGCUGCUUCGCAAUGAUCAUCCUCGGGAAGCCUUAGUGGCGGAAGUUUUCCGCCGUGACCCGGUUGAAGUGGAAAGCAAUCCGUUUAUUACUAUCUGCCUACACUGGACCAAGAAAAAUAACGCAAUGUUUACCACUUCUUUAAGCAGUAUCAUUACGAAAGCCGGUGCGACUAACAAGAAGCGUGUUGUGAACAAAGCGACAGUGAACGUGAAACCCGACUUGACCAUCGAUCAGGUAUUAGCACAUUUGGAUUUGCUCCGACUGUAUAUGGUGUCAUUGGAUCAGAAGAAUGACAAGCGAAUGCGGGAUUUCGCAUCAGGUUUAUACGCCACUCUCUAUAACAGUAACGUUCUGCUAUCUCUACGAACAAUUAAAGCGGCGUUGGCCUCAAACCUGAAAGAGAAGUUCAGAGAAGUGUUGCAGUUAGUGGAAGAUCCUGAAGAUGACGUUAAAGCCUCCCCUGGCAAGAAAGGCAGCACCGCCAAGCGUGGUCGAACGAAAGCCGCGGCCAAGAAUACCGUAGCCAAAGACAGUGAUUCGGAUCGGAGUGAUGAGGAGGAUGACGUGGCUCCCGUGAAAAGCAAGAAAGCCAGGAAUAAGUCGCCACCUGUGGAAGACUGACAGGUGUACGGGUAGUCAUUGUCAGUUGACUGUUUUGGGCUGUGAUGUUCUAGCCAGAGGAAUCGCUACGGUUUGAUCUCAGUGAAAUGGUGACUGCGUGGGGGUGGCUAUUGUGACUUUUGUAAAGUUGUGUCUCUCUCUUAUCUUCUCUUUUUGUUGGUAUCCUUUUAAGACAUUUUUUAGGUGACUUCAAUCGGUUUUCUUGGGUUUCGUGCAGAGUUGGAGUCGCUUUACGAUAAUUUUCAGUUGUAUGUCGGAGCUGUCAGUGUUUUAAAAAAUGUGUGGAUAUUUUGUUGUUGUUGAUUACGGGAUUGCUACUGGAGAAAUUGCCAUUAGACUGGAAGCAGUUCGUUGUAAUGUUAGAAGUUGGUUAAGCAGCCUAACGAGAGCUUCUAAAGAAAUCACA